AUGAGUGCGAUUCUAAGUGCAGACGAUUUAAACGAUUUCAUUACCCCAGGCCUAGCAUGUAUCAAGCCAGACAUGAUAACCAGAAACAAGAACCAGAACAGCAAACAAGAAACACAGGACAUCGAACAUGAAAACGAAUACGAGAUCAAAGUCACAGACACUGGGGUGUUUGAGAUAUCGAAAGAUGGCUCCAGGAAGACAUUAGACCAGGUCAAUAUUUCGCUCACAGACUGUUUGGCAUGUUCUGGGUGUAUAACAUCAGCCGAAGAAAUAUUAAUAUCCAACCACUCACACAAGAAGUUGAUAAGUGAUCUAGAAGAAAAUAAAAACAAUACAAAUAAGAAACAGUUUGCCGUCAGUAUAAGCAACCAAACAAGGGCAUCCCUAGCGAAUUCAUUAAAUUUAUCGAUUUACAAUAUUGAUUUAUUGCUAAUUGAUUUCUUUAUAGAUUUUUUGAAGUUCCAGUAUAUUGUCGGCACAGAAUUAGCUAGAGUGAUAAGUUUAUAUUAUUCGAUUCAAGACAUUAUAAACAAACAGCAUAAUACAGAUAACGAAAAGACCAAAAAUAGCAAAGGUCCAUUAUUGAGCAGCAUUUGUCCAGGGUGGGUUUGCUAUGCUGAAAAGACACAUCCAUUUAUUUUGAGUCAGCUAUCAGAUAUUAAAUCGGAGCAGCAGAUUAUUGGUACAAUAUUAAAGAAUUUAGUAUCAAGCGAAUUAAAUUGUGCAAUAGAUAAUGUUUACCAUUUGUCUAUAAUGCCAUGUUUCGAUAAGAAAUUAGAGGCAGCAAGGCCUGAAAAGUUUGGUCAACAAGAUAGUAAAAGUGGUGACAAUAAUAAUAGCAAAAAUAACAAUAACAAUCAAGGUAGAGAUGUUGACGUCGAUUGUGUUAUUACAGCAAAAGAGUUGAUUCAGCUAAUGAUUGAAAUGAACUAUCCUGUGAACGAAGUGAUUGAAAAAAAAUUUGACAACUUUUAUCUUAAAAACUAUAAUUUAGAUGAAAUGAAUGAGAUAUAUUUAAAGUAUUUGCCCAAGAAAUGGCCGAUUGAUGGAAUAGAAUCCUGGGGAAACAACUUUAAUGGAGAUUCAACCUCAGGAAAUUAUUCGUACAUUUACUUGUUAUAUUUACAAAAAAAACUAAAAAAAGAGAAAAAUAUGAAUAACACAAAGAUAAUUAAAAUAAAUGGGAAAAACAGCGAUAUUUAUGAGUACCAUCUAGUUAAUUUAGAUGACAACAAUAACAAACUUGGUUCAGCUAGUGUGAUUAAUGGGUUCAAGAAUAUUCAAAACUUGAUACGGAAAUUGAAGACAAACAGUAGUAAUAGUAAUAGUAAUGGAGUCAUUGGCAAUGGAAGUGUUAAACCCAAAAGAAUGAAUGGACUAGUCGCUAAAAGAAGAGCUCGUGAGUUGAGUAAAAAAAGAGGCAACGCUGGUCGAAAUGGCAGAAAUGGCAAUGAUAUCAAUGGUGGUGUUAGUGGAUUAUUGCAGGUCGACCCAGUUAGUUGUGAUUUUGUUGAAGUGAUGGCCUGUCCCAGUGGAUGCAUUAAUGGAGGAGGGCAAAUCAAUGGGAGCGAGCAGGAUAAGGAUAAAAACAGCGAUAAGGCACUCAAGAAGAAUAUCGAGGACUCUACAUUGAAGUAUGAGGAUAUUGAGAAGAUCAAGAAGUUAGACUUUAUCGAAAACGAUCAGGCUGAGGCAAAAAUGACAGAGUUUAUUAAAAUGUUUUGCAAGCAAUAUAAAAUGGAGGAGAACCGGUUUUUGAGAACAGGCUUCAACGAGGUGGUGAGCAAUCCAGACACAAUUAUCUUCAGCAAAUGGUAG